AUCUCCCCCACUUGUGCUGGCUGAAGCGACCUCGUUUGGCGCGUUGAGCGUUCGCUAGACCCUGGAGUCGAGAGUUGGUGGAGGCUUCGUUGUCGCACAGUGCGUAAGCCUAGUCGCGCUGCUAAAACUAGUGAACACCCCUUGGUGGUAAAUUUCGUCUGGAUUAUUUGCCGUUAUUUCUAAGAAAUAAUUAUCAGAACUAUUAUUUUAAAGUGCAGCUUCUCUUCACUUUGAAAGCUCUAACCAACAAAGAUGGCUUCCAGUAAGGCCAAGCUCGCCCAGACCUUCAAGCAUUACGUCGUUGUUUCCUCUGUGGGUCAGAAUUUGAAUGAGGCACAGAAGAAAGAAAUUAAAGACAAAGGGAUGAACAAGAUGCUUAAGGAAGUGAAAGUGGACGCCGUGACUGCCCGACUCACUGACACCAAAGGCUAUACCGGGAGCCACAAAGAGCGAUUUGACGAUUCUGGAAAAGGCAAAGGUAUCGCCGGACGCAAAUAUCUCGUUGAAGAAACCGGUUACGUCUCGGGCUACAAGAACCAAGAUACCUACGAAAAGGGAGAAGGGGAGGAGGGAAAAGGCGAAGGGGCGAGUGAGGGAGCAGCAGCAAUGUGAUUGAAGCUGCUGUGUUAGUGUUACUUAGAGGAAUGGCUCUUUUCGGGGUCAUAGAUCGGAAACUUUGUUAGUUUGAGGAAAGGAUGGACUAGAGAGGGUAAAAAAGACGUUACUUAACCGCAGGUUUACCUACGUUAGGUGGGCAGCUACAUUAGAAGACAGCUUAUAAUGGGGAUGCCCAACUGAAUUUAAGGAGUAAAAAUAGUGACUUAAGACCUUUUUUGUUGUCGUCGUAGUGUAGCAAUGAAUGCUUUGUCACGUGGGAUGGGGGGAUUGGGGGGGGGGGGAAGAGUAUGUUGUAGACUCUAAAAUCAGGGCAAGACGAAGAGUAUAUUAUAAUGUACAAGUGAUCCGUUAUGGGUUUGUAGUGGUUCCCACAGAUAUUCAGGUCAUCUGAUCUGUCACCUUGCCGAGUGUUCGCAACAAAUGAGAUUUACUGACUUCAACUAGGAAAAGGGUGGAUCAUUUUGUCAUAACCUUUUUUGAGUUAGAGCAAUGGUUAGCACUGAAGCUUCUUCUAGCAGCUUGAAAAUUUUCCUAUGCAAAUAUGGCAAAUAUGUGUUAGUGUUGCUAAUACUUACUGUAUUAAGCUUGUCAAAAUAGAUCUGAUCUAUAGAUGGAAGGGAUUACGUACGUCUUUGGGUAGACAGAUAAAUUAUUAGUAUAAUGUGUACUGAAAGGAUUAGCGGGGACAUGGGAGGGAAUAGAAAGACUAGCAGACGACCAUUCUAGAGGGAUUACCUCAGGGUUCUGUCAAGAUAACGACUGUCUUGAGUUUUUAAUGUAAUUUUGUAUAUUCUGUAACUGUGAACCAAACCUGGUGAUUUAAUUAAUUAUAUUAUCGUUCUCUGUGGAAAUGUUUGUUUUUGAAAACAUAAUGUGGUUUGUUUUCCUGUGUGUUGUCUUUCAAUCAAACCAUUUCAAAAUUAUUCCAAUGAAACGUGUGACUUUGUUAUCGAAAAAAACCCAACAACCCUUAGACCGUAAAGGUUUGUGCUUUUCAAAAACUAUAGGUACCGAACGUAAAGAAAAUAUUUAGAAUUUAGGCUUUGUAUUCGCUUUAGCAAAAUAUUACCUUUCUAUAGUAUACGUGUAGUUCCUUAGUUCCCCAAAAUACUUAAUCAGCAAUCAAGGAAACAUACACGUAGACUACAUGUAUACUUGUAUGAACUGAGAGUCAAGAACCUUAGACUUAGAAAAGGUGUAAGGUGUAUCGGUAUGUUGCUGUAUUCAUUCCACAUUCAGUUUUUUGUUCCGUACUCAAGGGACCUCUUUGUUUUUGUUACACCCGCGCCACCACACCCACAACCCUUGAACAAACCAAAGAAGAUUGUCAUUUCUCAUCGUAAAGUAUUUUUCACCAAUAAACCCCUUUACUUAUUUUAUUUUGUUAGUAUAUUUCUAUUUCUGUAACGUUCACUGCAGUAAAAGGGCCUGCUCCUAAAGACUGCUUGUUGUUGUUGUUUUUUGCUGGAUUUGUAACUGAGCAAAAUUGAGUAUGGUCUCAAGAUGCAUGCUUCUCUUCAAGACUUGCCGAGGUUUCUUCUUUUUUUUUUGUUUGGGGGGGGGGGUUGCCCUAUAAGCAUGAUAUUGGUAAAUUAUUAUACACACUUAUACAUACUGUAUACAUGUACAAGUGUAUAUAUGGAUAGCUUCUUCUUUCGGAAUUUUUAUCUCUAUGCAUUUUAGAAUUUUAAAGGUAAAAAGUGGCUGUCUACGGUACACAAACUCACAGAGGCACAGUUGUCAAAAACGUGAGCCUUAACCUUUUAGCAUUAUUGAAGAAAACAAAUCCGAGUGUUGUUUAGAUUUUAUUUUAUUUGGGCAACCCCAAGAGCCACCGGACAUUUCAGGUUUUCAGAAGGGACUUUUUUAAAUCAAUUUUUUUUUGUAUGGUACCUUUUUACGUCAUGCUCAUGUUUUUUUAUACGUCUUUGUGAAUCUUAUGCAAAAUCUCGGGUUGACAAAGUUGAAGUUGAAUUAGCAUUACCAUUUCCCCAAAGUGCUUGCUACAGUCAAAAGUGGUAACUGCUUUAAACAGAACUUCUUCUGUCUUGCUGAUGACUAUGCCGUUUCCAAAAGCAGAUAUAUGACAUACAGUGAACUUACAUUUUAAUUGACAGUACUUCGUCUCUGAAAGUACAUCUCCCAUCUAAUCCAAAGACAUGAUGAAGCAACUCACAUCUGUAUGUCAUGUUUCCUUCUCCGAAAAGGUUUCUCAACCCGCGGUGCUAUUCAUUACUUACAAUUAUCAUUCGUUUAUUUACCCAGUAGGAUCUCAUUUUUUACCUCGGCAGCUCAUUUAAGAAACCUGCUGACUGUUGGGUUUUUUUACACUGUUGUUUCCGUUUUCGUUAUAAAUGCAAAGUAGUCAAAGAACUUGUUAAAAAUAUGCAUUUAAUUCAAACUUGGUGCCUCUGAGAAAUUCUGGACUGUUUUUCCCCUUCUAUCUUUGUAUGUCAUGUAGAAUAGAUAUUUUGUACGUUUUUUUACGUUCAGUGGAUCAGAACCACAGUUUUUUUGUGGUAACAUCGGAGGCCUCUUGAUAAAGUCUGAAAUAGUAUCAUACUAGUCAUGUGGCCUUUGCAAAUUUGACUAGAAAUGCCGUUGUCCUCAUGACCUCUACAAUAUCUUGCACUUACACCUAUUUCCUGCUCUUGUCAACAUUAGUUAACCAGUUUUGCGCUGAAAUAGUUAAUGGAAGUGGGCUAUGACAACAAUUCAUUCACAAAAUAAUUACAUUGCAUAAAUUUUAUAUGUAAAGGCAAGGGUCUUCCCAUUACGUCACGCUUCUUUACACAACCAAAAAAAAAGAAGAAGAAGAAAAACACAUACAAAAAACUCAGUAAGGGUAACGUUUUUCCAUAAUGAAAAGUAUCAUUUUAUAGUGACAUCAAUACUGGUCUGAAAUGACAUGUACUUGUGAAAAAGACAGAAACAUUUGUAACGACUGAGAAAAUACAUAGCCUUUUCUCUAUAGCCCAUAGCUAUACUAUACACCGUUUAUAUGUCAAACUGACACGAUGGAACUGUUCGUGACUGAGUGUACAAUGAGUUCAAUAAACUUCUUGGAUGUCCUCAAAA